CGGCCAUUGAUCUUCAACGGGCGGCCGGUUCGGGCAGCACAUUGGGGCCUCCGUGCCCUUCGCUGGGCCCGCUACUGGGGCGCAGCGGAAGCUAUGCCAGCUUUGCGCGUGACCUGCAGGGUAACACCAGGCAGCAGCAAUGCCUGACCAAGAUGGUAACCUCAACAGGCAUUUGUACGCGCAAACUCACCAGCACGGCCGCGACGACCGGCAUCACCACCACCACCGCCACCAUCACCAGCACUCUGACCGACACCACGAUCACGCUAAGGUCCAAUGUCCACCUGAUCCGUUCCCGGAGGACGUCACCGCACCGCCCAAAGAUGUGUCUGACACCAGCCCGAAGCCACCCUCCAGGCUACCAUCGAAUUUGUCCUGUGGCUCUCGGGAGGCCGAUUGGAACUGGUGUCCAGGUCGACUUCAGAUCAUUUCCCAGGGCGAUCCGCAGAAAAGAGAACUGGCCAUCAUUUGCCUCCGUGGAAAGGAGCAAAAGGUUUGCAGACGCUCGUUGUUCAUUUUCUCACUGAACAGCUGCUUCCGGCGACAUGUCAUUGAGUUGGUGAACUGGUUCCUCUUCGACAAGUUUAUCCUGUCCCUCAUCAUCUUCAAUUCUCUAUGUUUGGCGUCCUAUGACUACCGCAGUGAAUCUGACUCAGGCUUCAAUUGGAUCUCGGACAACGUCUUUGAUCCGAUCCUCACAUGUUUCUUUACUCUGGAGUUUGUCCUGAAGGUCAUUGCCUUUGGCUUUGUCUUGGAUGAAACCUCCUAUCUUCGAGAUGCAUGGAAUUGGUUGGACUUCAUCGUGGUUGUCACUGGUAUUCUUCAAAUGACGAACGCCAUGACGAGUACAGAAGGCGUUGGAUUCCUGCGCAUGUUUCGUAUCCUGCGACCCUUGCGCUCCCUGAAUGCCGUGCCACAGAUGAAGGUUCUAGUGAACACGGUCUUGAGUUCCGUGCCGCGUCUCGGAAACGUCACGCUGAUGGCCGCCUUCCUUUUCGUGAGCUUCGGAAUCCUAGGCAUCUCGCUGUUUGGCGGCGUCUUCUAUCGUAGUUGUCGCAGCAUCGCUCAACCGCUGUUGUUGGGUUCCAACGGAACGGAGUGUUGGUCUUGGCCCUACACCGGGGAGGAGAGACUUUGUGGCGGACGCUAUCUCUGUGAGGACAGUCCUCUUGGGCAGAAAGGGCAUUGUGGAGGCCAUCCGCAGGACACCAACGAAGAGUUUCGUCCAGUCUUUGAUGGUGGACAGCGUGGCUUUCCCUGGUGCAGCGGCUCGGAACCUCGAAAGGUCUUUCCCGAGAGCGAGUGGAUCAGUUUCGACCACCUUGGCACUGCCCUCAUAACCAUCUUCCAAUGCAUGACGCUGGAGGGCUGGACCGAUGACGGUUAUGGCUUUGCAGUGGCCACGAUCUACUUCUUCCUCCUCAUUCCGGCCGGGGCGGUGGAGCCAGGGGUCCCAGCUCCAGAGCUCAUCCUGGUGUCUGGAGAAGCCGUCAUUGUGACCUCCUUCUUCCUGCUCAAUGUGGCUCUGGCAGUGGUCGACGAGGCGCAAUCGGUCGGCCCUGCAGUGCCCGUAGGAUUCAUGGCAAUGCCGUCGUCCCUGCAAUGGCUCAGCGAUCUGCUUCUGAACAGGAAGGUCCACGUGAACGUGAGUUUGCUGAAUGGUCGAUCUGUGGAGCUGCCGGUUUAUCCUGGCCUCUUUCGGGUCGAGGACCUCAAAAGAUUGGCGCAGGAUGUUCUGGGGCAAAACUUCCUGAAGCUCAUUGGCGCCGACGGGCAGGUCCUGCACCCCGGAGGAAUUUUGCAAGUCGCGGAUGGGGAUCAGAUCACUCCAGUGGCGCUGCAAGUAGAGGUUGCUGCUGCAAAUAAAGCCUUUGCACUCUGGUGUCAUGGAGGAGAUGGGAUCGCCACUUGGGGCAAACCCAGUCGUGGCUCUGACUCCGCCAGAGCAGGACUCCGCCAGGUCCGGCAAGUCGAGGCUGUGGAUGCUGCUUUUGCCGCCCUGCUGGAAAAUGGAUCCGUAGUGAGUUGGGGGACUGAGGGUUCUGAAGAGAUUCUGGCAAAAGAUGUGACGCGGAUUCUGGCGGCGCGCUGGCUUUUUUUGGGCCUUCGAGCUGAUGGAAGCUGUACAGCCUUCCGAACACAGCGGGGUGUGCCCCAAGCCAUCAUGGAGCUCUGCCAAGGGCUGCGGCAUGUGCAGCAGUUUGAGGCCACUGAGGAGGGCGCUGCUGCCCUGUUUGAUGGACGGGUGAUAGCUUCACCGAGGUUGUCCCGAGAUCUUCAGGAAAGGCUUGGGAAACCUGGCUCUGUGAAGCAGAUUCGAUCUACCGCUAAGGCUUUCUGCGCCCUUCUGACAGAUGGGAAAGUUGUUACUUGGGGUGAUCCGCGGGCUGGGGGCGAUCCGCGGAAUGCUGGCAGCAGCUGGCACAUCCAGGAUCGAUUGACCGAUGUGACGAGAGUUGAGGCGACAGAGAGAGCAUUUGCUGCGAUACUGGCAGAUGGAAGUGCUGUAGCAUGGGGUGAUCCAAACUACGGUGGUGAUUGCAGCAAGGUACAAGAUAAACUGAAAGAAGUGCAGCAGAAUCUCAGUUUAUGAAAUGGUGAUUCACGCAGCCGGCUGUGCGUUUGCUGCUAUCUUGGCCAACGCAACCAUCGUUACCUGGGGUGAUCCAAACUUCGGUGGUGACAGUCGGAGUGUUCAAGCACAGCUUCAGAAUGUGCAGCGGGUUUAUUCGACAUACUACGCGUUUGCAGCAGUUUGUUCACCCGAUGGAAGCGUCGUGACAUGGGGUGAUCCUGCUUUUGGUGGGAACUCUUCUGGUGUACAAGAGAAAUUGAGACAUGUACAACAAAUCUCAGGUAGUAUUGGUGCCUUUGUGGCAGUCUUAUCCGAUGGAAGCGUUUUGUCAUGGGGCAACGUUCUCUUUGGUGCCGACAGUAGCGCAGCCCAAGGCAUUCUCCCGCUCCUGGGGUGAUUAAGGCAGAAGUGAAGUC